AUGUCUACAGCAGCUACUAUAUCGAUUGCAGAGACUUGUGCAAUUUCAAAAUCCUUUCCGCUCAAACAAUUUGCUUCCUAUUCACCAAGACAUUCAUUACCCGCAGUAUGGAUGCGCUCGGGGACCUCCAAGGGCCUUUUCCUCCAUCGACACGACCUGCCCGACGCAAUGGAAGAGUGGGCUCCCAUCUUGUUGUCAGUCAUGGGAUCAUCGGGAUCCAGGGGGAAACAGAUUGAUGGAAUCGGUGGUGCCACUUCAACUACUUCGAAGGUGGCAGUGAUCGCAAAAUCUACUCGGCCAGGCAUCGAUGUGGACUACACCUUUGUCCAGGUUGCACCCGACCAAGCAAAGAUCGAUAUGACAGGAAAUUGUGGAAAUAUAGCAUCUGGAGUAGGUCCAUUCUCCUUGGAUGAGGGACUUGUUGUGGCAAUGCCAGACCAAAGUGAGAUCAAUGUUCGCAUCUUCAAUACAAAUACUCAGCAGACCAUUUUGGAGACUAUCCAGCUCUCCCCAGGUGGCCAGUUCCGAGAAGACGGGAUAUGCCACAUCCCCGGUGUGGAGGGAACUUCUAGUCCUAUCAAGGUCGCAUUUCUCAAACCCGCCGGUAGCAUGACCGGAAAAAUGUUUCCAAGUGGUGCAACGCAAGAUACCUUCACCGUUCAAUCAACAGUCUUCGGUGCUGUUCAUAUUCGAGCGAGCUUGGUUGAUGCAGCCAACCCGUUUGUACUUGUCGAUUCCAACUCGCUGAAUGUGAACGGCAAACGCGUAUGGCCAAUCGCAUCCGAACACGAUCUGAUCGCGCUUGCAGAAGAAAUCAGACGUGAAGGCGCUGUGAGGUUUGGACUAGCCUCCAAUGUCGAGAGUGCAGCGUUGACUCGCGGAACACCCAAGAUCGCGUUCUUGUCCGCACCCACGCAUGAGUCGUCAGAUAUCGACGUUCUGGCAUUUUCCAUGGGAAAACCACACCCGAGCAUUCAAAUGACCGGAGCUGUUUGCAUUGGGGCCGCAAUGGCCAUACAUGGAACUGUUGCUUGGCAAUUGUCAAAUGGACCACUAUGUCAAUCCCCUAAAUAUGGGAUGAAAAUUGAAGGUCAGAGCAUUGCGAGCCCUGUUCCAGUCCGGAUUCGACAUCCUGCUGGUGUUAUAGAGACUGAAACGACAUUGGGUAUGACAGGCGAUGGGAAUAUCGUUGUGGAGCAGGUGGCUGUUAUAAGAACUGCACGACGGUUAUUCGAGGGGAACGUUUUCUACAGAGCAUGA